CAUAGUCAUUCGCGAACUCCGUAGUCACAGCACCACAUAAAUACAUACUUUAAGUGAAUAGUAUAAGGAUUCACAUUAUUGUUUAUUAAAAUAAAGAAAUUAUUCAAAAAUGAAUAGGAUGACAUCCAAUAUUCUGACUUCGUGUGAUUCUAACUCAUCUUAUACUUUAAUUACUUCCAAUGAUAAAUUCUGUAAUUGGUUUUAUGAUGAGAAAACGUGUUGGCCAAUUGCAAAAGCCAACACCAAUGUAUCCCAACCGUGUCCAAAAGUACAAGGAUUUGACAAAAUGAAGAUGGCCUAUAAAUACUGUACAGAAAAUGGAAGUUGGGAAAAUGUAACAAAUUUUUUUGGACCAACAGAUUAUAGUAGCUGUUAUACUCCAGAACUAACGGAAAUGUUAGAAAAACUUGGAUCAGACUACGAUACAAAACGAAAACUUGACAUCGCUCUUAACACUGGAGUGAUUGAAGUCGUUGGGUGCCUUGUAUCAAUCAUUUCAUUGAUCAUAUCAUUAUGCAUUUUCAUCAGGCACAAAGGUAUAUUGGAACAGAGGUUCAAGAUACACAUGAAUUUAUUUGUUGCUUUAUCACUACAAAUGUUCAUCAAAUUAAUUUUAAACAUUGAUAAACUGGAUUUAUUCAAAACUAAAAAAGAUCUAUCGAAUGUAACUUGUCUUGUGGACUGUAAUAACCAGAUCCGUUUAGUGAAAGAUGAUGACAAUAAUUGGUUUUUUGGAAUUAUGUACACGCCAAUCAUUUGUGAAGGUAGUCAAGUCAUAUUGGAGUGGUCUAAAACUGCCAGUUUUAUGUGGAUGUACAACGAAGGAGUAUAUCUAUAUAGAAUAAUAAAAUCUAGAGUCUUAAGAAUAAAUUCAAUAAAUUUUCGAAUGUAUCUAUUUGGUUGGGGUUUACCAGCUUUGAUGACUUCUGUAUGGUUAUUAGUAACAAUGGUUUACUACAAAAAAUCAUCUAGUGUCUGUUGGUGGGGCUACAGUUUGUUACCCUUUUUUUGGAUCCUUGAAGGACCCCGCAUGAUAAUUCUCGUAGUAAAUUUAAUAAUAUUAAUCAUCGUAUUGAGAGAGCUGUUGAAGAAAAUUAAAUCAAAAUUAUCACCGUCAAAUGAGUUGGAUAUCAUAAGAAAAGUAUCCAAAGCAGCCAUAGCUCUUGUCCCUUUACUUGGGAUCACAAACUUUAUAUUAGUUAUAAUACCUGAACCACAUUCGAAAAGUCCUGAAUUAUUUGCUUACUGGUCAUAUUCCGCACAUAUAUUACACUCGUUCCAGGGCUUAAUGGUGUCAAUAUUAUAUUGUUUUAUGAAUAAAGAAAUUAAAAAGUCUUUUGAUAAACGAAUGAUGCUCCAAAAAUCACGACGAGAUUUUGAAAUGGAAAUGACAUAUAAUUUAUUUAAAACUUAGAUUAUGUAUUAUACAUUUUUGUUAUAAAUAUAAUGUAAUUUUUUUAUGAAUAAUACUAUAUGUCUAUACUAUAUACUUGGUUUCUGGUAUUUCAUUAACUGUUAUGUGCACUAUAAACUAUCCAUUAAUUUAAUAUAUUACAAUAUAAAAUAAUAUGGUUUAUAAUAAAUGCAGAAUAGGGAAUGAAAUUUAAAAUAUAUGAUUAUAUGGGUUGUACACAAUUUAUUGUGUUACAUAUAAAUUAAAGUAUUUUGUUUAUAAUUCUAUUUUUUUUAAGUACUCAAUUGAUUGUAUAUCUAAUUCAUAAUUGCACUAAAAUCAAAUAUUAAAAAAAACAAUAUUGUAAUUUUUAUUUUAUUUUAAAACUAAAUUAAGUUUAUUAAGUAAUCAGAUAUUGCAAAUCUGUUAAGUACCUAUAAAUAAUUCAAUAGAUUUUGAAUAAGAAAUUACAGAACUUUACAUUUUAUUAACUGAAUUAUUUACAGAAAAAAUGGCAUUUAUAACUUAUUAGUAGGUAUAGUAUUUUGAUACAUUAUUUGAUUAAUUAGUAUGACUUUAAAGUUUAAACAGUACAAUUUUGUUGGGAAGCUUCGAAAAAAAAAAACUCAAUUCAGGUCCUUUAUUUAUUAAGUAUUUCAAUGUAUUAAAUAUAGGUUUGGAUAAAUUAAAAAAUCGUAAUUAUAUUUAUUAUAAUAUUAAUUUGUUAUCAGGAAUUAAAACCUUUUAAAAAUGUUCGCUACGUUGAAUGUUAUUUAAUAUUUGCGUGUAUCGUUGACGAAAUAUUAUUAUUUACCUACCCUUAUUUUUCUUUAGCGUUUAAUAUAUUAAUAUGUAAGCUAACGAAAUUCUGUUUUUUUUUUUCACUUGUCAAUCGCUAUUACUAUUCCUACUGUACGGUGUACGCGUACGGUCCGAAUUUAUGUAACGCACCCGGGACCGCCCAUAGAGGAAGAAUGUAUGGACCGCCGAACAUAUGCGGAUUACGAUGUUCGAGAACGGACACAUCCGCAACAAUAUAUUUCGCGUUGGUCUCGGAGGAAAACAGAAGCUACCGACCGUUGUAUCCGCAUCAGCCACACCUCUGCAAGAUUCUCAACGAUAUCUUUUAAAAUGUUUAUAGUCAGUUCCAUAUUUUAGAAAAAAAAAUUUGAAAAGAUAAUAUAGUACCUCUAUUAGGGUAUAAAAUUCAAACUUUAAAUGCUUAUAAAAAAAAUUGUGUUUAUGUAUUUUUAAUAUUUUUCAACUGCUAUUGUAACAAUAUAUCAGGAGUCUUAUAUUAAAUCUUCAUGCUUUUUUACCCAACAAAUAAAAUUUGAUUGACAAUUAUAGAAAAAAAAACAAAAAAAAAUUGACAAUGUCCGUAAACAGCUCAAAAAGAGUUAAAAUAUU